UAUCUGUGGUCUGUGGGUUCAUUCUUUGAAUCCCUGAGAACAAGGACCUACUGAAAAAAGAAAUUCCGUUAACAUUUCUACCUCUUUUAGGUAGAUUUGAACCAAAGAAAAAUGAAAGCAGCAUUCUUCCUCCUUCAGUAUCCUGUUACAGAAUGUCCGAAUUAAAAAUUACCUCAGACAACCAUAGAAAAAUCAAAGCCCCCACCUUAAAGAUAAAAUUAAGAGAAAGAAAAAAUCAAAUUAGAUACAAGCGUCAGCAGGCCCGGCGGCUAGCGCCUGCAAUCCCAACGCCCUGGGAGGCCGAGGCCGGUGGAUCGCCUGAGGUCACAGAUUCGAGACCAGCCUGAGCCAGAGCGACACCCCGUCUCCAAAAAUAGCCGGGCGUUGUGGCGGGCGCCUGUAGUCCCAGUACCCUGGGAGGCUGAGGCAAGAGAAUCGCUAAAGCCCAGGAGCUGGAGGUUGCUGUGAGCUGUGACGCCACAGCGCUCUACCCAGGGCGACAAAAUGAGACUCUGUCUCAAAUAAAAAAAGAAAGAAAAAAAAAAAAAAGGAAAGGAAGAUACAAGCGUCGGUCCACCUAACACGCACUCCAUAAUCAGUCAAUAAUUAUGGGCGUCCCUUUCCCUGCCCCUCCCCCCAGCGCGAGAGUAGUGAGGAAAACGUGAAAUGAGGGAGCGGGAAGCGUCUGUCUGGGCUCUCCUGUGGUGCGGCGACGCCAGCGACGCCGUGAAGCCGCCGCCGCGCCGCCCAGCUCUGCCCAGACCAAAGCCGCGCCGGCUGGGGCGCGCCGCGGGCAGGCCUGGGGGCCUUUCCUGCCGCCGGACGCCGGGGUCCUUCCUCGGGUCUCCCGCUGUGCGCGGGAACAUGGCGGCGGCCGUGGUCGCUCCGGCAGGCCGAGCUCUCCUGUGGGCGGGCGCUGAGCUGCUGCGACGAGACAGAGUCCGGGAGCUGCUCCGGCCGCGACUGGAAGUGGGCACCCCCGGCCCGCAGCGCGACUUCAGCCUCUCUCAAAACUGGGGGAGGGGCACGGUCAUCGUGGAGCGCUGGUGGAAGGUGCCGCUGGCUGGAGAGGGCCGAAAGCCGCGCUUGCACCGGCGACACCGCGUCUAUAAGUUAGUGGAGGACACUAAACAUCGACCCAAAGAAAACCUGGAGCUCAUCCUUACGCAGUCUGUGGAGGAACUUGGAGUCCGGGGUGACCUGGUCUCAGGGAAGAAAUCUGUGGGUCGUAAUCGCCUCCUUCCUCAGGGACUAGCUGUAUAUGCAUCCCCUGAAAACAAGAAGCUGUUUGAAGAGGAGAAAUUGCUGAGACAAGAAGGAAAAUUACAGAAGAUCCAGACCAAGGCAGGUGAGGCGAUGGUGAAAUUUCUAAGAAGCUGUCACCUCAAGGUGGGAAUGAAGAACAAUGUCAAAUGGGAGCUGAACCCUGAAAUAGUUGCCCACCACUUUUUCAAGAAUCUUGGUGUGGUGGUUGCCCCAUGUACAUUAAAGUUACUGGAAAAGCCUAUCAUGCAGUGGGGCGAGCACUGGUGUGAAGUGACUGUAAACGGGCUUGACACUGUAGUACCUAUGUCUGUGGUGAACUUUGAGAAGCCCAAGACCAAAAAAUACAAGUACUGGUUGGCUCAGCAAGCUGCCAAGGGCAUGGGACCCACCAGCUCCAAGGUGAGCUGAUCCUACUGUCCCUCCAAGGCAUCAAAGCAGUGGAACAAAAACAGGCUCUGGUCUCACUCCCAGCUCUCAUCAAAUAUGGAAUUUUAGAGAACGUGUAAAGACAUCAGACUGAACUACAUGAACAUGUUGAAUUCUAUUUGUCAUCUUUAUCUUUAACUUACACGACAUCCAGCCUCAUUGGGGUGGUCUUGCUCAAGAGGUACCAGGCUGUAGAUUGGAUAAGCUAGAUGUCAGUGGACUGCAACAGCCCAGGUCCUGUUUGGCUUCUUCCUCCAUGGCAGUUCACUGGAACAAACAGAAGAGGUGCCCAUUGUCUUUAGUACUUGAUUUACUCUCAGUCAUCCAAAAUGAGCAUUGUAUCUCAGGCAGAAAUAAAAAGGUUGCAUUCUUUUUA